GAGCGCUGCGAUGAAGAUCUUUGAAGAUCUCCUUUUUGUCUUUCUUCUUUAUGGGACUUUGCCUUCAAUUCAAGCAGAGAAACACUCUCUGUUUUACAUUUACACUGGUUUGUCCAAACCUGUGGAUCUGCCGGGCAUCUAUGAAUUCACUGCUAUGGGUCUGCUAGACGACACACAGAUCGACUAUUACAAUAGUAAAGACAAGAGAAAGAUUCCCACACAGGACUGGAUGAAGGAGAAAAUGCAGGAGGAUUACUGGGAAAAAGGCACUCUGUCGAGAGAGAGCAAAGAACAGUGGUUUAACGUCAAUAUCAAGAUUCUGAUGGAGCGCAUGGGACAAAAUGAUACAGAUCUUCAUGUUCUUCAGUGGAGACACGGUUGUGAAGUUGAGCAGCAGGGAAGUGACGUGAGGUUUCUCAAAGGUGUUUCUGAGUACGGCUACGAUGGAGAAAACUUCCUGUCUUUUGAUGAUAGAGAGUCUCAAUGGGUCGCCCCAGUUGACGCAGCUCGACCAACCAAGAGAAAAUGGGACCGUGUGCCGAUCCUAAGCCAAUACACCAAAGGUUACCUGGAGAAAGAGUGUGUGGACUGGCUCAACAAAUUCAGAGAAUAUAGAGACGAGUUUAGAAACGCACGUGAGUUUGGAUGUGUUCACACUGUCAUUCCAAAUCUGAUUGUCCGUGAAUCCGAAUGAAAUACGAUC